ACCAAGUUGCAGCAGAAAAUUUUGACAAAUGUAGACCGACAUUGUCCGUUUCGCGAACUGGGUCCUUCGCGGGUUACUAGCCGCAACGGCGCAUUUGCACCUCAGAAUAUCAAUUCACGCGAGGGAAUCUUCAGUGGUCUUGUUUUCCGAGGCAUCUUAUUCAACACCCGUGCUCUCCAAGAGCAUGAGCAUUCUGGAUUCUUUGAGUCCUGGGGAGCUUGGGAGAGCUUUGUAGCUAUCCACCAGGAGAAAGGUGAAGGCUAUAUGUGUAACCCACAUGUCUAUGGAAGAACAAAUGGUCGCUCACCUAGAAAUGCAUGGCGCUUCUGGAUUGGUAGUCAAAUUCUUCACAAUAAACUUUUGCAGGAACCCAAUAUCACCUUCACCAACAUGGUCAAUUUCAUCACUACUGCAAAGGGUCCCGAUUCAAAAACACUUUUUCCAACUUUUGGAAUCCUGACAGCAUACUUAUUUACGGUCGAUCUAGUCUAUGCAGGUCGCAUCCCCUUCCCUCCUUUGAAGGAGGUUUCAGAAAUGAUUUCCAAGUUGGACAAAGGCGGUUCGCGGGGCCUCAUGAAAAUUGGAAUAUCCUUGGACGGUACUUCCAAGCACCUGGCAAAGGGAUUUGUUGACCUUUUUGACUUUUUGAACAAGGAUAGAAAAUUUUCAAGUAUAAAGGAAGGGGUAAUAUUCGAUCCUUUUAUGUUAGAACAUUCUCUUUGUAAGGCUAGCCGC